CCAAAUGUCAGCGAUUGUUUGGGUUUUGUGUCGUCAGCUGAGGAGGGUGAAGAGCUGGGGCUGACAUAUCUUGAUGCCUGUGUUAGUUAUCCCGGUGCUUACCAACACCUAAGUCGCCAUGCCGGCGCCCAUGCCUGUAGGGGGCCUCACCAUGGCCUCGUUUGCCCUGACGGCGGCCGUCAUCGGCAACGCCUACUACCAGAAGCGGCAGUUCUACCCCUCUGUGGUGUACAUCACCAAGUCUAACCCUAGCAUGGCGGCAAUCUACCUGCUUGCCUUCACACUGGUAAUCCUCCUUGGAAAAUUCCUCAAAAAGGUCUUCUUUGGAUCUCUAAGAGCAGCAGAGUUUGAGCACCUCGUCGAACGAUCUUUUUAUGCUGUUACUGAAACCUGCCUGGCAUUCACUGUGUUCAGAGAUGACUUCUCUCCCAAGUUUGUAGCACUUUUUACUGUGCUACUAUUUCUGAAAGCCUUCCAUUGGCUUGCAGACUACAGAGUGGACUUUAUGGAACGGUCACCAGUAAUAACAUUGCUCUUCCACAUCAGGGUUAUAUCCUUGCUUCUUCUUCUGAGUCUACUAGACUUGAUCCUGGUGAGUCAUGCCUACCACUCCACUAUCACUCGGGGUGCUUCAGUCCAGCUGGUGUUUGGCUUUGAAUAUGCUAUUCUCUUGACGGUGGCACUAAAUAUUGCUGUCAAGUAUGUUUGCCAUACAGUUGACUUACAGUCCGAGAAUCCAUGGGAGAACAAGGCAAUGUAUCUUCUUUAUACUGAACUUUGUAUGGGUUUCUUUAAAGUGGUGCUGUAUGCAGUGUUUAUGAUCAUCAUGAUAAGAAUCCACACCUUCCCACUCUUCAUCAUCAGACCAAUGUACUUGACAUUAAGGUCUUUCAAGAGAGCACUGAAUGAUGUGAUUCUCUCUAGACGUGCUAUUCGAAAUAUGAACACUUUAUAUCCAGAUGCAACGCCAGAGGAACUGACAGCUGUUGACAAUGUUUGCAUUAUCUGCAGGGAAGAAAUGGUUACAGGUGCUAAGAAACUGCCAUGUGGCCACAUAUUCCAUGCAUCAUGCCUGCGAUCGUGGUUUCAACGUCAACAAACAUGCCCAACGUGCCGAAUGGAUAUUUUACGACAGCCCCAGCCUCCCCCACCGAGUCAAGGUGUUGCUCCGCCACAAGCUCCUCCAACACAGCCGCAGACUCCUCCACAGAUCCCACAACAGCCUCAACCUCAAGCUCAGCAACAGAUACAUAUUCCUCCACCACCGCCUCCAUUAAACUUCUCAGCAAUGACAGAAGAGGAGGUCCGACAACUGGAAGGCAACGAAAGAAAACAUGUCGAGGCCAGAAUACAAGUAUUAAGAAACAUUCAAACAUUACUUGAUGCUGCCGUUGUUCAGAUGAACCAGUAUGCAGCUGUUGUGUCAUCACUUGAUAAAACCAAUCAGAGCCACACAAGUUCUAAUCAGAGCUCUGAUCAGACAGCUGCAGCAUCAGAUACCGUGAUACCUCCACAACAACCUAUACAGUCAUCAGAUCAGUCAGAUGUUCACCUGUCUGUUACCUCAUCACAGUUUUCCUUUGAGGAAAAUCAUUCAUCUCUUGCCAGUAGUGAAGAGCUUCCAACAUCCAAACCCGAAGUUACUUCAUCAUCACCCAGCAAUGAGGACAGCAGUCAAGCAGAGUUGUCGUCAUGGUUAGGUGCAAGCCCUGCCACCGACACAUCUACUGCCGACCCAUCAGACCCAGAGGAUCCACAAGAGAUCAGGCGGCGACGGCUAGAACACUUCUCACACAACUCCUAGGAUACUAUAUUGUUAUAUUUCUAAUAUUGUAUGUUGUUAAUUUCAGUCAUGGUUAAAGAAAAUAUGCUUGUAAAUAAACUAGGGACUUAAUACUUUUUUCUUCCUGAUAUGUAAAAAAAAAAAAAAAAAAAAAAAAAUGUGGCUCAUUACAGAUUAAAAAAAAAUUGAAGUGUCGAAUGUUAUAUAUCUUUUAAUUACUUUCUCAGUAUUCUGUGCUCCAGAAACUGUUUUUUUUUUUUUUUAAGAUGAAUUGCACCUUUUACAUAAGAGCUUUGUGUGUAGAAUGUUUCUUUUCACAUCUUUCUUGCUAUAGGUAUUUUAGUCAUAUCAGACUUAAGGUACUGUAUUCAGUUUGUCAGUAUUUCCAGAACAAAAGAACAUGAAUAUAAACUCUGCUUUUAGGCAGUGUUUGCUGGGAAAGAUCAUUGGUCAUUUUUGUAUAAAUUUUCUUCCUGGCAAUUUUUUGUAUCCCUGAUUGUGAUUAGAAUUUUGGGCAGAGUAAGACAAAGUCCAUCUCUUAGUCACUAUUUAGGAAAGAAGAUAAUGCAUAUUUUUUGUUAAAUCUAGUUCUUGAAUGGUGAUACAGUAUUCACAUAUAAAUUUAGUGUUUGCUGUAUACUGGCAUUCGGUAGACUUUUUUACUCUUAUGCAGUUCAGUGAUACUCAUAAGUGUUAUUUAUUGUCAUGGAAGGACUUUCACAUGUAAACUCAAGUAGGACUACAUACAGAUUUAUUUUUUCUUUAAGGCAUGGGUAUUACUGUAUUUAGUUUCCAAUGAUGCAACUUUGUGCUACUAAACACCCACAUAUACGAUUGUGUCUGUGUAUGUCCUAUAGUAAAUUUUCCACAAUAAAAUGUUUUGAAAAUUUCUGAGAACUUAUUACAUUUGAGAGACCUGAUUUAUUUAUAUAAAUCUUCUUUGUUUUGGUUGGUGUGUGUGUGUUGACUUGUGUGUUGAAUACAUACUUACACAGUUACUAUUGUCCAGAUGUGCUUCUAGGGGGAUUAAGUUGCAGCUUCUGGAACCACCUAUAAAUAUUUAGCACCACCUAUUUAUUCAGAGUUAUCAUUCAUUCUUUUGGACUUAUGUAUGGAAUCAAGCUCUGCUCUUAUUACUUGUUCCACAUAAAUUUGACCUAAUGUUUGCGAUUCAUCUGUCCCCUUUCAUGCCGAACUAUGACACCUGGAACUGACCCUUUCCAGGUCAAGUCACCUCUUCUUGUCCACCCAUUGAAUGCCCAGAGUAUUUAGUGCAUCAUUUUUGUGACCCUUGGAGUACUUUGCUUAUCAACCAAGACUCAUUAUUGUAAUCCCAUUAUUAACUGGAGCAUGUUUCCCAUCAUCCUGGAUAGUGUCUCCUUUUUGAGUAGUGUCAUUCUGUGCAUGCACAGACAUUCCUGUUUUAACUGUGCUUCAGGAUCACAGCAUGGAAAUGGGGGCGAGUCAACAGCUAAGUGUUGAAUAAACAUUUACAAUAUAUUUAGGAUGGAGUAUACAUGAAAAACGAGAUGUAUGAUGGGUGGUAGGUGCGAGCUAUUCAGGGGGCUUUGGGGAUGCAGUAGGUGGUAAGUGUCGGCUAUUCAGCGUGUUUUGGACUUCCAUUGGUUGGUAGGUGUCAGCUGUUCAGGGGUUUUUGAGCAUCCAGCUUGGUGCUUUCUUUGAUAAUUACUUGGGCAUCCAGUGGAUGGUAGGUGAGAGCAGAUGCUGUGUAAGGAAUAUGGAACUGGAAUAAAAAUUUAAACAUUUUAACAUCAACUGAAUAAAGCUUUACUAUAAUUACAUUGAUGAAGUAUAAUGAAUGUAAAGCAAAAUUAUACAUUUUCAGUCAAGAGAAAAAACAAGCACUGAAGAUGUCAUAAUGUACAGUAGUAGUGUAUGGGAGAAUAUCCCAUCGAAGGCAUCUACAGGUUACCUAAUGUCCUAGAAUGUGAACGAGGUUAUUAAUUAGCUAACUGGUGUGUAGGGGGAAAAAAGUGUUAAAAUCUGUUCACAGUUUGUGUACUGAAUGUUGAUAACAAUCAUGGUGUUGAAUAUCAAAUUAUUAGUUUUUUUUUUUUUUUUAGGACGAAUACCCCUGCAACCAGUGAAGCAGGCAAAGUGGGUGUUCAUAUGAAUUUAAAAUACUUUAUAAUUCAGUAGAUAAAGUAAUAAAGUAGAACACUGUGCAGAUUAAACUUGCUAUGAUCCCACAGAGAUGAAAACUACACAAGUAAUUUCUUAAGUGAAAAUUCUUUUAAGGUGUCAGGCGAAGAGUGACUGAAAAUGUGAAGAGAAAUCAUACCCGAAUUAGUGAACUACACAAGAAUGUAUGUUUAGAAAGAAAAUUAGAUUUUGGAAAUGUGUUAAUGGGAGGAGUUUGUGUGUGUAAAUACAUUACAGGGAAUUUAAGAACACAAGUAUCUUCACUUGGCACUUUAGCUGUUUGAUACAAAGAUUUACAAUUUUAUUUUAUUUUAAACAAAUAAGCACUUUAAUGUUAUCCAGGUUGUGGGUUCGAGUAACAAGAUUUACGUUUGGUGCUGCUUAAUGUCAUCACCAUAUUUGAUGCAAAUGUACGUACUUUGAGAAACUGCUAGACUACAGUAUACUGUACUAAUUCAUACAGUUAAUUAAAAAGUAAGUAUGUAGGUAUCCCAAAUAAGGUGAUAACUCUUGGUUUAGUCAAGUUCCUUUGUGGUCUCCAUGUGAUAUCUUGCAAAUGCUGCUUCAUAUUAAUUUAAGUGUUUUCUGCUGUCAUGUUUUGAUAUGUUCCAAAGUUGUGUAACACUAAGGGGCUUUUCAUUAGAACCAUUUUUGUUGUUUUCAUUUAGUUUGCUUUUCUUAACAUUUCAUUUAAUUAAAGCAGCUUAAGGGAGUUUCUUCAGAACUGAUGUGUGGAUGCAUUAAAGGUGUCAUAUAUGCUGUAUAUAUUAUAUACUGUAAUAUAAAAUGCUUCAGUGUAACGUCCUAGUAGUAAUGUUUAUGAUAUUUUUAUAAAUAUUAGGAAUUUGGAUUUGAUAUCCAUCUGCAGUUAUUGUCAUGUUUCAUUGUUCAAUAUUUUCAUCUCUGUUAAAUCUAAAAGAUUGGUCCGAGACAUAUGGCAGUGUAAAAUAUCAUGCUAUUUAAAAUUUAUAUAGAUAGACUUUAAAAUGCCCGAAGGUAUGUUAUAAUUUUUUUUUUUCUAUAGUGUGGUAUAUAAUGACCUUGUCAUAUGUAUAUGAUUUGAUACAAGAACUGGUUAAAUAUUAAUAUAAGUUCAUCAUUUGUGAUCCUUGAUAUUUUUGGCUGUAUAUUGACUUUGUUUUCUGAGAAAUGCCAAAUUCUUGUACUGUUAAAAUUUUCAGCUUACCAAGGUAGUUUUAAGAAUUAUAUUAUAUAUUUUUAUAAUAAUUAAUUUGUAUUUUUAAGAUUACAGUACUGUACAGUAUUUCAUAAUGUUUGUAUCGUGAGAUAUGCAAGCAUAAGAGACUGAGGAUACCUUCCAUGAUCACUCACGUGAUCAAUAAAUAUCAUGAUUUUAUGCCUUAACAGUAAAGAAAAGGAUAAAUGUAUAAUCUUGUAUACAUCAUUAUUUAGUUAUUGAAAUUUAUAAUGCACAUGGGUAUUGUAUUAAACUUGAAUUAUUCAAUAAAUUCACUAGCAGAAAAGAGGUACUGAAAUAAAUGAGAAGCAUAAUAUGAUGGAGUAUGGAUACAGUAGUGAUGAGAGCAAGAGGUAUUGUAGAGUCCCGCUCUGUCACGUGUCAGUUGUAAUUACAGGUGAUACAGUUGAUUACCUUGUCGUCCUUCCAUAUAAUUGGAAGUGUCCUUGUCAGUGUAGUUUCAUAAUUUUUUCCUCUAAACCUCAUUAAUUUACUAUUGGAAAUUUCUUAUUUUCUCUUGCAAUGUUUCUCUUAGCUUUAUUCUGGUUAUAUACUACACACCCUUAAUUCUAUUUUAAUGCCUGAGAACUCUACACUUAAAUUGAUUGAAUUUGUUGAAAGAUGUAAACAUUCCUUUUCAUGAGGUAGAAAAGUUAGUUUCUUUUCAGGUUGCAAAUAUUUAUUUAGUUCAUUGAAAUAUUUGUGAAGGAAAUUUUUUGUUUAUGUUCAUUUGAAUAAUUUGAGUCACAUUUUUGGGCGUAAUUGUAUUAUGGUAAAUAGUAUAUAUGCUAAGUAUAUAAAAGUCUUCUUGAGUUUUGUGUAAUUUUAUUCUUCACUGGGCUGGUUGUUACUCUUGAAAGUGAAUACAAUGUGAAAAUUUACAACUGAUAA